AUGGUAUUGAAGCAUGCACAAGAUCGUGUCUACGCACGAGCAACUGCAAACCCACGUACUUUCUGGAGCACGCAGGCUGAAAGUAUACACUGGCACACGAGACCGCACGAAACCCUUCAUAAGAGAAAGAAGUUACUGAAGAGUGGUGUCUCGCAUGACCAUUGGACCUGGUUUCCAGGAGGAGAAGUAUCCACAACGUACAAUUGCGUGGAUCGUCAUGUCAAGAAUGGUAACGGAAACAACAUUGCCAUCUACUGGGAUAGUCCAGUGACGGGCGCGAAAGAGCAAUUCACGUAUAAGCAGCUCCUCGAGGAGGUGGAGACGCUGGCAGGUGUGCUGAGGGAAGAAGGCGUGAAGAAAGGAGACGUCGUGCUGGUAUACAUGCCGAUGGUGCCCACUGCGCUUUUUGCGAUGCUCGCUAUCGCACGCCUAGGCGCGAUCCACGCGGUCGUUUUCGGUGGCUUUGCGCCGGCUGCCCUAGCACAACGUAUCGAGGCGUCCCGUCCCAAAGCGAUCAUGACGGCGUCUUGUGGAAUUGAAGGCGCCAAAGGUCCGGUAGGCUACAAGAAAAUGAUCGAGGAAGCCGUCGAGAGGUCCACUUACAAACCAUACAAGACCAUUAUCUGGCAGAGAGACGAACUGCGGUGGGACCCAGUUUUGAGAGAGAGCGGUCAGCGUAAUUGGCAAAGACUGGUGAAGAGUGCAAGGAACAGGGGGCUCAAGGCCGAUGCCGUGCCCGUCAAGAGCGAAGACGGGUUAUAUAUCAUUUACACCUCGGGUACAACUGGCCUACCGAAAGGUGUCGUGCGAACAGCUGGUGGGCAUGCUGUGGGCCUCAACUUCUCCAUCAAAUACCUCUUCGGUGUCCACGGUCCUGGCGACGUCAUGUUCACCGCAAGUGACAUUGGCUGGGUCGUUGGUCAUUCCUACAUCGUGUAUGCUCCCUUACUCAUAGGUGCUACUACGGUACUCUUCGAAGGCAAACCUGUUGGCACUCCGGAUGCCAGUACCUUUUGGCGGGUGGUAGAAGAAUACAAAGUCACGACCAUGUUUACAGCACCAACGGCACUGCGUGCCAUUCGUCGCGAGGAUGGCGACAACGAAUACUUUGAAAAGACGUACGGCGAGAGGGGUGGGCUGAAGUCAUUGCGAGCGUUAUUCCUCGCUGGCGAGAGGAGCGAACCGAGUAUUGUGGAAAUGUACCAGAAGCUCCUGACAAAACAUUGUGCGGAAGGUGCCCUGGUGGUGGACAAUUGGUGGUCAUCCGAAUCUGGAUCACCCAUAUCUGGUAUAGCACUUAGCGCGACUGCGGGAGAGGAUUUUGCGACACGGCAACGCGAACAACCACUGCCAAUAAAGCCCGGAUCUGCUGGGAAAGCUAUGCCGGGCUUCGAUGUUCAAGUUGUAGACGACGAAGGGAAUCCAGUCGAGCGUGGUCAGAUGGGCAACAUCGUCAUGUCCAUACCACUUGCUCCUACAGCUUUCACUAUGCUAUGGAACGACGAGGAGAGAUUCUAUCGAAGUUAUCUGAAGAGAUUCGAUGGGAGAUGGGUCGAUACAGGUGAUGCAGGCAUGAUCGACAACGAUGGAUAUAUUUCCAUCAUGUCGAGAUCAGACGAUAUAUUGAAUGUCGCAGCCCAUCGGUUCAGUACUGGCGCCAUAGAACAAGCCAUCACGUCUCAUCCCAACAUUGCUGAAGCUGCAGUGGUAGGGAUCCCGGAUCAACUCAAGGGCCACCUCCCCUUUGCCUUCGUUACACUAUCCGGGCACCAGCACCCCGACGCAGCGGUGCCAGACGAUGAUCUUUUCAAGGCGGUGCAGAAGCUGGUGCGCGAGCAGAUUGGUGCCAUCGCAAGCCUUGGGGGCAUGAUCCAAGGCAAAGGCAUGAUACCAAAGACGCGCAGCGGCAAGACGCUCCGCCGUGUGCUACGGGAGCUGAUCGAAAACGCAACUCACGACCAAGUAGAGAAGGAGGUUGCCGUCCCCAGCACGAUCGAAGACAAGGAGGCUGUAGAGGUCGCAAGAGCGAAGGUGAAGGCGUACUUUAGGCUGAAAGGGAAGGACUUGCACAAGCCGGCAGAGGCGAGGGCGAAGCUGUAG